AUAAUAACUGAAUAAUAAUAUGUGAGAAACGUUUUACGAACGAGAUCGUUGAUUUCAAGCUGAGGCAGCAGAUCAGAUCUCCACAGUAAGAACGAUUCAUCAAGCAGAUUCAUCUUCUUUUCUCAUCCGAAAUAAGAUAGAAGAAUUGAAACAAUUUUCAAUGGUGUGAUUCCGUUCAAAGAAUCCUUCUAGAAUCUUCCAUGGCGUCCUCCUCAAGCACCACCACCACCAGCAAAAAGUUCCAAGUUCCUGCUACACGUCACAAACCCCCAAAACAACAAGAAGAGCUAGAAGAAAACGAAGAAGAAGAAAGCCUUGAGCACUUUGAUGAUUUCACCCUUGCUUCUUCGUGGGAACGGUUCAUUUCUGAAAUAGAGGCUGUUUGUCGGCUUUGGAUGUCUGAUGGUCCAAUUAAUUUGUUGGAAAAAGGUGCAAUUCUUUUGGACAAUUCCAGUAGUUUGUACAAGGUGAAAUCCGAGAUGAAGUAUGCCAUGAAAAGUUACUACAUGGAAUACUAUUUUGAGACCAACCCUAAUGUAAAAGAUGGGGACUGGAAUUUUGAUUUGCAUGAUCUGCAGUUAUGUUUCGGUGUAAAAGAAUUCUUGGUUAUUGCUCCUCAAAGUGCAAGUGGUGUGCUUCUUGAUGCACCUGAAGCUAGCAAGCUCUUGAGUGCUGUCGCAAUUGCUUUGUCAAAUUGUUCAAGUUUAUGGCCAGCAUUUGUUCCAGUUCAUGAUCCUUCUCGGAAAGCAUAUAUCGGAAUUCAAAGCAUGGGUACUGUUUUUACUAGAAGGUUUGAGGCAGAUCGGAUUGGUAGUCAGGUUCCAGUAAAAUUAAUGCAUUUGGAGGGCUUGUACGAGUUGUUUGUAUCUAAGUUUGCCUAUUCCACAUUGGAUCUAUCAAUUCAUAAUUUCAAGGUCCGAUGUACAAUGAAGCUAACAUAUAGAACGCUUCCGUGUGAUGAUGACUAUAUGAAAGGCUUCGGUGGUGAAAAAUCUGGAGAAAAUCUUUCUGGUGAAAAGUCCAAUGGCAUGCAAUGGGAUGUUGACUGUUCUUGGAGUGAGUGGUAUUCUGCAGAAGAUCCUGUAAAAGCUUUUGAACUGGUUGCAAUAUUGUCCGAGAAGAUGGUUGAAAGUUCUAUGGAAAUGGCUGAACUAGAAAAUGCUUCACCUCAUGAAGCUGAAAAGUGGUUGAUCUCUCCAAGGAUUUCCCCAAAUUUACUUGAAGGUUCCAAAGGGAAUUGGGUUGGAUUUGCAUCUCAGUUACGUUUUCUAGUUGAUGCGUUGGAAAUGUCAUUUCAGGCACAGUUUCUGGAAGAUUUUGUUUCAGUUGAAAAUGCCGGUGCUGAUAAUUUGAAAUCGUUGGCUGUACCUCCACCCACAGUUAGAGAUCGUGUGCUGAAAGAACUAUUUAUUGAUGGUGUGGAAUUCUCUAAUUUUACUGAUGAUGGACAUAAGACUGCUCGGGCCAUUAAAGGCGCACCUCGAGAAUUUCUUUUUGCACAAUUUUGUCUACAUGCUCUUUGGUUUGGCAACUGCAAUAUACGUGCUAUAUCUGUGCUAUGGCUAGAGUUUGUUCGAGAAGUAAGGUGGUGCUGGGAAGAAACACAAUUAUUGCCUCGAAUGCCAACUAAUGGACCAAUUGACCUUUCCACAUGUUUGAUCAACCAAAAACUUCAGAUGCUUGCAAUUUGCAUUGAGAAGAAGAGUCAACAAACUGAAGAUUAUGAAGACUGUAUUGGAAGUUUGGAUCAUAUAGAAUCCAUGUCUGAGGAAGAAAGUGUAGUUGGGGAUGAUUCAUCAAUUAAGCCAACACCAAGUGAUGAUAUUCCUGGGAUAGUUGACAGAAAGCCUGGAAUUGUGGAUCUAUUUAACGAUAAAUCUUCGGACCUCACAAGGAGAGGUUCAGCUGGUAUUGUUGAUUCUAUGAUGCUUCUCAAGUCAUAUCAAAGUAUGCAUGUCCCUUUCACACAGGAACCACCACUUAUGACAGAAGACAUGCAUGAGGAGCGGCUUCAAGCUGUUGAAGCCUUAGGUGACUCAUUUGUAAGACACCCAUAUGCAAUGCAUGUUAUCAUAAUCAUUUAUAUUUUACUGGAUAAAAGAAUUGUAUUCAGAUUUUUAUGUUCAAUUAUGCAAGCUGAUAUUCUUCAGAAUUAUUGGCUUUUGGUGGUAUUAGAUAUGUCAGCAUUUAAAGCAGCAAAUCCAGAUGCUGUUUUUGAAGAUUUUAUUCGAUGGCAUUCACCGGGGGAUUGGGAAGAGGAUGAACCUGUCGACCAUGGAUCAUCAUCGUCAUCCACUGCUCUAGAAAAAGAUAGAUGGCCCCCACGAGGACGGCUUUCAAAGAGAAUGUCCGAGCAAGGGAAUUUGUGGAGAAAGAUUUGGGACCGUGCUCCUGCUCUUCCUGCUUCCGAACAGAAGCCUCUUCUUGAUCCAAAUAGAGAAGGAGAAAAAGUUCUUCAUUACCUUGAAACAUUACAACCACAUCAAUUGCUUGAGCAAAUGGUGUGUACUGCCUUCAGAGCAGCAGCUGACACACUUAUUCUGACUAGUUAUGGAGAACUGAAACAGAUGGAGACCGAGAUUCAGCAACUUUACGUUACCAUGGCAACUACUUUGAGGCCUUUACAAGUAAAUCGCUUGUCCGCUGAGAGCAACACUUUUGAAGACUUAAGACGAGUAAGUGCUGCUUUUGAACGUGUUGAAAAGUUAAUGACUCUCGGAGCUUCUCUUCAGCGCAAGUUUCGACGAGCACCACGCCUCGCCAGAGAAAUUUUCAAUGGUUACUACGACUUCAGUAUUUCAAAAAUGGAAAGCUUGGCAGAGCAAAUUGUUGAAAAGGGGUUUGACAUGAAACUGGAAUUAAGGAAUCAAGAGAGGGAAUUGUUGUCAAAUAUGUUUGUUCCUCCCACAGCUAGCCAGUCUUGGAGAAAGGUUUUGAGCAUGGGAAACCUUCUUAAUGGCCAUGAACCAAUAGUCAGGGAGAUUGUCUUUUCGCUGCGUGAUAAAACUACCGGUAACCAUUACGCAGCUCAUAGCGGUAGUUUUUCUCAUAAAAAAGAAAUUGAAACUUACAGGAUGUACAUAUGUGGAACUUCUAAUGACCUUAGGGUAGCACUUUCCGUUGCCUCUUGUGAUUGAUUAAGUUUUAUGGUAGUUUUUCCGUUAUAACUAUUUUUACUAGAGAUCAGUUUCUCUGAUUGGAAGUGCAAUCCAUCUCAGAAAUGAAGAGGUUGGAACAGCAGUAGAAAGGAGGGUUUGAGGUGCAAUUGGAUCUAGUAUGCUAAACUGAGCUGCUAUUGAUUAGUAUUUGGUUGUACAUAAUGUACGAGAUGCAUUGCUUUUCACUAUUUUUUUCUUUUACCAGAUCAUUAUUUGCAUAAUUUUCAAGAUAUCUAAGGUUUUAUGAAGGAA